CGCGAAUGAUAUUUGUCAACAGUCAACACCAUAUUGUUAUUAAACUGAAAAAGAUUGCAGGUCUGGAAUUUUAUUAAGCAUAUUCCAUACCUUUAUAUUCAUAUAAGUAUUAUUCGCAAAUCGAUUUGCUGCUGUCAUGAGCUCUAAUGAAUGCUACAAAUGUCACAAGAUUGGCCAUUUUGCCCGUGAAUGCACACAAAAUGGCGGGAUUCGUUACAUUGGAUCCAGAAAUAGAGGUGGUGGUAGAGGACGUGCAGAUAUGCGUUCUGUUCCACGAGAAAAAUGCUUUAAAUGUAACAGAAUUGGGCAUUUUGCAAGAGAUUGCAAGGAAACUGAAGACAGAUGUUACAGAUGCAAUGGAGCUGGUCACAUAGCCAAGGACUGUGACAAUGCCCCAGAUGAAAUGUCUUGCUACAAUUGUGGUCGUACUGGUCACAUUGCCCGAGACUGUAAGGAGCAUGAGAAGACAUGCUAUAUUUGUGGAAAACGUGGACACAUUUCACGGGAUUGUGAGCAAGAUGAUCGUAAAUGUUAUGGAUGUGGCAAAAUAGGACAUAUAUCCCGUGAUUGCCCUGAAGCCGACAAAGAUGAACGGAAAUGCUAUAACUGUGGAGCUGGUGGACACAUAAGCAAGGAAUGCCCAGAAUCUGGAAGUUAUGCUGAGGCAGAUGAAACCAUAUGCUACAAGUGCAAUGAGAAAGGGCACAUUGCUAGAAAUUGCAAUUCUGCUCGUGGGAACAAGUGUUAUUCCUGCGGUGAAAUCGGGCAUAUAGCCCGAGAAUGUGAGUCCAAGGCUUAACACAGAAAUUUGGCAACACUUCUGGGAAUCCAAUUUCAAUAGUAAUGUCUUGAAGCUGCUGGUUUCAGCGGCAUCAUUUGCUUAAUGUUGGUGAGUGGGAUGCCAUUAUGCCGCAUAAAGUGCUUGAUGAAUGUGUUUGAUGCCGGUGGGUUGUGUCAUAUCUCCAUAAUAUAUUGUCGCUGCUUUCUUUAUUCUUGGAAGAAGUCUCCAAGUUGUUUUUGUAAUCACAGGUCAACCUGUUACUUGUUGACAUUUUAGAUUCUAAAUGAAGUUGCAAGAGCAUAUUUGUAACGCUAAUUGAAUGUGAUUUUUAGGUUGUGAAGCAUUUGUGUGAUUUGUUUCAAAAAGUUUUUGAUUCGUAAUUUCCUUACAUAUAUAUUUUUUUGUAUGAUACACACCAUGUAUGUGUGCAAUAUAAAAUUUUUUUUCUGCAUACCUUUUUCAGAAAUAGAUUCUUGAAAUACUUAGUUUCAAUAAAGUAACAAAAUAAGAGUACAAAUUUAUAUCUAUUUAUGAAAAAAGGUUUUAUUUUUCUCUUUAUUUUUUUGUGAGCUCAAGAGAAGCAUCAUUAAGAAUAAUCAGUUUUUGUUUUUGUACCGAUGCCAUUGCUAUAAACUAAAAUAUCUGUUCUCUUUUGAUAUGGUGUGUAUCUUCUUUGCCUGUAGUCUUAGAAUGCUAUUAGAUAGAAAUUUUCAUAAUAUUGCAUUUUUUGAAUACUAAGAAUUUUGAUUUAGAAUACAAGAUUUUUUUUAGUGCCUUUGUUUAUGCAUAUGCAUUUAUUAUUAUC